AUGAUGAGCCGACUCCGGCACGGCGCAGCUCCAAGUCGCCCAGCGUUGAGCGACGUCAGCUGCAGCAUCGAUGAUCAGAUUGUCAUCGAUGAGAGCAGCUUGGAGUUUAGGCAACGCCAAACGAAAGGUAAUGAUAAUAGGCCCAGGGACUUGCCACGUCAGAGUCCCGAGAAGAUACCAGCGACAUUGCCCUCGAGGCCUCGCCAGAGUCCCGAGAAGCAGUUACCCUCGAAAGCCAGACUAUCGCCACGUUCCGGUAGCCCCGAGAAGCUGCCAGCAACUCUUCCCAAGGAAUUGCCACGUUCUGGCAGCCCCGAGAAGCAGCUGCCCAGAGAAUCGCCACGUCAGACGCCGGAACAGCUGCCAGCUGCAUUUCCCUCAAAGCCCAAGGAAUCGCCGCGUCGUAGUCCCGAUAAUCAGCCCAGAGAAUCGUCACGUCCAAGUAGCCCCGAAAAGCAAUUGCCAACUAGACCUAAGGAGACGCCACGUUUGAGUCCCGAACAUCAGUUACCCUCAACAGGGCCCAGAGAUUCGCCACGUCAAAGUCCUGAGAAGCAGCUGCCAGGCACGGUGUCCAAGGAAUUUCCACGGUCGAGUCCCGAAAAAUCGCUACCAUCAACAACUCACAGGAGCGCACCACGUCCCGGAAGUCCCGAAAAGCAACUUCCCAAGGAGCCAAGUCCUGAGAAGCAAUUGCCAAGCUCGGCAAAGCCUAAGGAGUUGCCCCGUCAAGCCAAGGAGCCCAGUCCUGCAACCCAGUUGCCGGCUUCAGCUCCAACUAAGCCCCGAGAUGCACCUAAACCAACUGCCGACAAGCAGUUCCCAGAGGAUGCGUUCUUUAGAAGCACUGUGACCCAACGAUUUACCAAUACAACGAAGAACCUUAACGAAGAAUUCAUAACGAACGAGCGUCAGCCUCAAGCUCGCAAGCCGCAGGAUAACCAGCCCGAAAAUCCCGAUACCCAAUUGCCCAGAAGUUCAAGGCCCAAAGAUGAAGAUAUGAUCGAUAGAUCUAGCUAUAAGCCCGCUACCGGCAAAACUCCCGAGACAUGCGAAACACCCGAGACACCGGAUGGUGGUUUCAUAUCGAAGAGUCCAGAGCCGGAAGAAGAUCAAAAGCCCACCUACCGCAAAAAGGGCCUGACCCGUCGGGAGACCUUUGAAGAUCGUUGCCGCAAGAUCUUGGGCAUGGAGGAGGAUGGCGAUACGCAGGGAAACUACGUGCCAAAACCUGAAGAUGAUGUUGACGACGAUGACACAGAUGAGCAGAAACAAUCAACUGUGGUCAAGCAGACGGAGACCUUUGAGUUUAAGAUAGAGGACUGUCCUGACGAUGAUGAUGAGGAUGACAAGCCCAGGCAAGUGACCGAAACAUAUGUUAUACGCACACAGCCUGUUAUCAAAGUCGAGGAACCUCUGUUUGAACCGGAGAGCCAGUUGCCCCAACGCAGCGAGUUGACGGUGGAUAUUACGGAGUCAGAGGAAAUUGAAACGCUCGUCAACACCGAGAAAACAACGGGAAAAAAGAUGCCCAAGCCAGUGGGUGAAGAAGUACCACGUCCAGCUGGUGGCCGAAAGCCCAAGGAUGGGCCAAAGCCACAACCCGCAGCAGGUAGACACCCUGAGGCUGUGAAUCCACAGCGUCCAUCACUUAAUAGACAGCCAAAAGAUGACGCUGAGUUCGUUGAUGUAGAAGAAGAGACGACAACAAUUACUACGAAGCGCUCAUCUAAAUCGCCUUCGUCUACCCGUAAAGGCCCUUUGCCCUACCCGGAGGAUGAGGUAGAGUCACGUCCCACAACUGGAAGAUGGCCUCAUGAUAAGGUAGAGCCACGUCCUAAGAGUGGCAGACAGCCUAAUGAUGAGAAGCCACAACGUCCAUCAACUAGCACUCUUUCCAAGAAGGAAACAGAGCUUAUAAAUGUUGAGGAAGCGACGACCAUAACAACUCGCAAAGAGCCUUUGCCUUACUCAGAGGACGAGGACGAACCUAGACCCACAGCUGGUAGACAGCCCAAGGAGAAGGUAGAACCUCGUCCGAAAACUGGUAGACGGCCAUUUGAUGAGGAAGAGCCGCUUCCCAAGGGUGGCAGACAGCCUAAGGACGAGAGACCCCAACGUCCGGCAUCUGGCAGACUUCCCAAGGAGGAAGUAGAGCUUUUGAAUGUAGAUGAAAAGACUACGACAGUUACUUCCAAGCGAUCUUCGAAGUCUCCAUCACCAGCUGGCCAAGAGCCUUUGCCUUCAGAGGAUGAAGAAGAACCAAGUCCAACAACCGGCAGGAUUCCCAAGGAUGAAGCAGAGUUCAUAAACGUGGAAGAAGAAACGACAACAACGAAGCGAACAUCAAAGACGCCUGUUACCAAGUCACCUUCACCCAGACGCAAAGAGCCCUUGCCUUAUCCGGAGGAUGACGAGGAACGACUUUUCGGUAAACGUCCAAUGGGUAAGGAACCAACACGUCCGUCAACAGGAAGACAGCCAAAGGAUGAGACAGAGCCACGGCCGGCACCUAAAUAUUAUUCUGAAGACGUCGAGUUCAUAAAAGUGAGCGAAGACACAACCAUAGUCGUCACAAAGCGCCCUCCCAAGUCGCCGUCGCCAACUCGCAGGGACAAUUCGCCCUACCCAGCGGAUGAAUUGCAUCCCUCGCCUGGUAAGCAGCCUAGGGAUGAGAGAAAACCAAGCUCCACAGCUGGUAAACCGACUAAGGUUGAGGAAACGCCACGAACUGCAACAGCUAGGCGUCCAAAGGAUGAUAAAGAGCCGCGUCCUACACCGGGUAAACAACCCAAGCCCGAGGCACCUAGCAGGCAACCCAAGGACGACGCAGAGUACAUUAGCGAAACGACGUCUGUGGUCAUAACAAAGCGUCCUUCCAAGUCGCCAUCACCUACACGCAGGGAACCUCUGCCUCAAACGGAGACAAAGCAUUUUGUGACCGAAAAGAUCAUCGAUUGCAAUGGCAAAACAGUGGUGGAAAAAAUCAGCAAGACCCAACGACCCAGCGGACCCACAGCAGGGCCCAAGGCGAAGAAACAACCAAACGACAGUGAACCGGAGGAGUCACAGCCCAAGCAGCCCGAUUCCAGGAAGCCAUCAAUCACAAAAACCGAAACCGAGCGACGAAACUCGCGCACUACAAAGAGCAGCAGCACCACCACCACCAGCAGCACCACCAACAAGCAGCCCCUAAGGGAAACGCAGCCCAAGACGGUCAAGAGUCCACGCAAGGAGUCGCUGCCAAGGCGUGAGCCCGCCAAGCGCGAUAGCCUGGUGGAGGAAACUCGCAGCACAACAACAACAACAAGCACAACUGCACGCAACACCACACAGAAGGAUAAAAAGCCCAGCGCUAGCAAUGGCUCACCCAACAUCAAGGAUCGGCUGCGUUCGUCGCCGCGCAAACAGAAACCCGAAACGGACAAUGUGGACGGAGAGUCCUCCUCGCCGGAUACGAGCCCCACGCGUAUUCCCAGCGAGCGUCGUCGCUCGAGCAACAUAUCCGUGCACACGGAGAUCAUCAUAGAUCACACGGCGCCCAAGACGCCUUCGCCCAAGACCGAGCGCAAGGUACCGACCAAGGUCCUGGCCAGUCCCGCACGCAAGCUGCCGGUCACAGAGCGCAAGGAGUCGGCCCCAGUGCCGCGUGUCACACGCCGCGACAAGGACAAGGUGACGCGCUCCACCAGCGAAAAUGUCAUCAAGGUGGUCAACGGAAAGCCGAAAUUGACACCCGAGAUGAGCACCCUGAACCCGAGCUCGGCGCAGCGUCCCACCGAACGCAAUCGGCCCAGCAAAUGCUUCACCACAAGGACCAUCAAUCUGAGCGAGCAGCUGAUCAACAGCGAGGACAUGGAGAAUGUCAUCAUUGAUAUACAGCACGCGAAGAGCUCACGGGAACCCUCGCCGGAUCGCAUUGUGCCCACCCCGGUGCCCGCCGAGCUGGAGACGGGCAAGCCGCGUUAUCCGGAUGUCGUGCAGGAGCCGGACGAUGAGCCGCGCAAGAAACCGAUCGUCACCAACAUACCCAUCUUUGAGGAGGAGGCCAACGCCUAUGUCGGCUGCCAGAUCUCAGAGCUGCGCAAUCCCAACGGCAUCGAGGCGGACAUCCAUGACAAUCCCACAGUGGAGGCGCCCAAGAGCCUCGAUUAUACCGCCCCCAGCAAUGGUCAGCCCGGCAUCGAUAUCGAUGAGUGCCUGUUGAGUGUGCACGAGAAGGUCUCCAAGUUUACGCACACCGCCGAGCAGGUGAAGCAGCCGAAGACCUCGACGCCCUUUAGCCGGCAGUUCGAUGAGCAUGCCAAGGUCUCGGCCAGUGAUGAGUGCCUGCUGAGCAUAGACCAGAAGGUGGAUCGUUUUUUGAAGACCGCCGAGAACAUAACCAAGCAACCGUUGACCACGCCCACGCGCGAAAUCGAGCGUCCCAGCUUUGAGGACAUCGACGAGGAGCUGCGCCAGGACGAUUGCACGCUGAGCGUCUCGCAGAAGGUGCACAAGUUCAUCGACACCGCCGAGAAGCUGGCGCCCAGUGCACCACAGAAGUCGCCUAGACUGGUGGCCAGCAUUGAGCGUCACAUCUCGCGCCAGAGCGAGCCGGAACUCGAGCAGGAAUCGGAGCCGGAGCAGCCCUCAGACCUGGAGCCCGAGGAGCCGCUGGAGUCGAACGAUGAUGAGCUGUUGCCCAUGACCAAGCAUCACACCACAGCCAUCGAGCUCAAGCGUCAAAAGGACAUACUCAAUCGUCCCUCGGUCUUCACUCAGCGCAAGCCAGCCACGCCCAAGCAGACACCCGGGAGCGGCAAACCACGCGGCAGUCCCAGUUCCAGUCCGAGCACCGUGCUUAUAACGGAGGAGCGUAAAUCCUAUCGCCACCAGCAGAGCCCCAGCGCGCGUUCACCUACACGCAGCAGCACGGCGCCACGCAAACCUUCCGCCAGUCCGCAGCCAACGACGCCCGGCAGUCGCACCACCAACCAGCCAACCACCACACGCAGUAGCACCACUGCACCACGCAAGCCCUCCCUAGAGUCGCCACGCGGCAAGCCCAGCGACUAUGUUAAGCAAACGGAGACCGAGACACGUCGCACCACCAGCACCACCAAGCGAGGUGAGCAGUGGUUGCACAGCGAUAUUGAUGUGGAUGUCGAGGAGUUUGAGCCUGUUGGCUCACAGCCAACAUCACCGGGCAGACGCACCACCACGAAACCAACCUCUCGCAGCAGCACCACUGCGCCACGCAAGCCCUCGCUGGAGUCGCCACGCGGCAAGCCCAGCGGCGAUUAUCUGAAAGAAACAGAGACCGAAAAGCGACGCACCACCAGCACCACCAAGCGUGGAGAGCAGUGGCUGCCCAGCGAUGUGGAUGCGCCCAACCAGAGUCACAGCCACAGCGCCAAGCGCAGCCGGCCAACCGCCCAAACGUCACCCGGCCGCACCGUUGCCUCGCGGCGCAACAUCUUCGAGCAGCAGUCCAGUCCCAGCCCCACCGGCGAGCCCAACGGACGCCGGCCCUCGUACAUGGAUCACACGAAGAGCUCCCUGGAGCACAUCCGUCGCGACUCGCUGGAGAUCAACAAGACGCACUAUUCGCGCAAAUCCUCCGUGGAGGAUGACACCGGACUUGAGCCGCGCAAUCCGAAUGCGGCGGUCAAGUUUGAUGUGCCCAGGCGAGGCUCACGGCUCGAGCCGGCGCGCACCACCAGCAGCAGCGAGGACAUCGAGAUUGAGGAAAUCUUUGAUCUGCAGACGCUCGAGCAGCUGCUGGAGACGGUGAGCAGCUACGAGCUGCGCCGCCGCAUACGCGCCCAGAUACGUUUGAUCAAGAAGAACAUGAUCAAUGCGAGCAGCACGACCAGCACCACAACAACUAUAACCAGCAAGGUCAGCCCCAGUCACAGGCAGCCGGAGCAGCUGCAGCCGCGCAGCGCCAGCUCCACGCCCAGUCGCAGUCCUUUGCAGGCACGACGCACGCCCGAGCGCAACCACAGCCCGGAGCCAAGGAGCAGCAGUCGCCGCACGGAGCAGCCGGACAGCGCCACGGCACAUGGCAAGCCGCCAGUGAAGCCACGCGAGCGCAGCGCCAGUCCCGCCCAGACGCGACGUCGCAGUCCAACGGGCAAGGCCAACACGAACACCACAAGCACAACGACAACAACCACGCGCACCACCAGCAAGGGCAAGGCCAACGAGAAGCCCAGUCCCAUUUGGGCGGAUCGCAGCAAGGUGCUGCGUGCCUCCGGCUCAUCCUCGCCGACGCCCAGAAAGGGCUCCAACUCCAGCAGCAAUGGGCUGCCCCUCUUUGGCAUCAGGGCGCUCAAGAAGAAGACACAGCCGACGGCGCCAUGUGAGACAAAGCAAGAAGUCACAGGCUAUGUCAUCGAGGAGCAGUUCUAUUCGGAUGACAAGUCGCCGCCGCGUCACGAGCGCAAGGAGCUCAUCUACUCCAGCAAUCCCACGGAGCUGGCCACGCUGCAGCAGCAGCUGGAGCGCGCCAGCCAGCCGGAAGAUGGCCAGAUUAAGCUGCAGCGCGAACUGAAGCUCAUCGAUGCCGAUGAACUGCCAUUGGCGGCGGCCAUUGAGACGGGCACGCGUCACGGCUCCGUCAAGGAGCUGAGCGAACGUUUCAUACAGAAGGAGUCCGCCGCCGACGAGGUGGAGACCGAGGACAGCGAGUCCAACGAUGUCUGCAGCGUCAUCGAAAUGGAGCCGCCACAGAUGCGCCAGAAGUCCAGCAGCAGCACCACGCGCACCAGCUCCAGCACCCGAUCCUUCCUCAACACCAGCGGCGAGGAUCGACUCGUCGGCGGCGUCGACGAUGUGCUCGAGCGCAUGCGCAAUGCCGACAACGUUAUGGAACCCGGCGACAGCACGGAGGAUCGCGAGGCACGUGCUCUGCUCAAUAAAUUCCUCGGCGCCAGCCUUUUUUCCGCGGGCUUCCAAUACGUGUGCAAAAUCACAGCAAUAGCGAACUAG